AUGUUAGUCAUCGCGGAGGUCCUCAGCCAGCUGAAAUGGCUUCAAAUGAGCCUUCCAAAGGCCCAGUCGCUUGGAGACCUUGCCAUCUUUGAUUCGGCCAGCCGGGGCCCGCUAGGCUCUCUGAGACUCCUCUAUCUCUCGAAGCCUCAGUCGAGCAUGUUGCCUCCAAUGGUCUAUGCGGCAUCUCUGAUCACGGUAGCCGGCCUGGCCAUGGGCCCGUUCACACAGCAGGUUAUCAGUGUCCAAGCAGACAACUUGGUACCGGCGGAUGGUAUGAAUUCAACUAUUGGAGUGACCAACUAUUACAACCGUCGACCUGCAGCAAAUGACCUGGAAGUGGUCGUUCUUGGAGACGGAACGGUCGCGCCCGCCCCGACCGAUGCGAUGGCUCUUGACGUGGAUCCAGGUGUUCAAGGAGCAUUUUAUGAUGGCUACUACGACCUGGGCAAAUCUUCAAUCGAUUUCACCUGCCCUUCCAGCCAGGAUCUCGGCGGCCUUUCCAAGGCUUAUGAUGUGUCCGAGGGCAAUUGGGUCGUUUUUUUAACUCCAGAUGUCAAUGGUGAGAAUGUCUCCUCACCUCUGCCACCUUUCGACCACAGUGUGUUCAAUGUCAGCAUAUACGACCAUUUGGCUUUGUCAAACUAUUUCAUUAGCAAUUUCAAUUUCACGAGUGAGUCUAUUACCGCUCUUUUCGGCAACGGGCGGAACGUAACCUCCACUCUCUUGAAUAUCACCAAUAGUAUCACCAAGUCGGUAAUGCGAUGGAAUCCGGAGUUGGCGGCCCUUGGCAUCGUGUGGCAACAAGAGUCCAGUACCAAAGUCCAUUGGUGGUGGUUGGUCUUUCCCUUGGCUGUGGUAAUCUCCAGCGCCAUUCUGCUUGCAUCGAUGAUGGUGGCGUCGCGGCACUACAAUGCUCCAAAUUGGAAGUCAUCUCCGCUGCCAUUCUUGUUCCACGGGAUUCGAGACUGGAACGACGACGAGGAACUCGAUUUAGUUGAGGGUAGACUGGAAAAGGUGGACGUGAUGGAGGGCAGGGCAAAGUCAAAGCAGGUUCAAAUAGUUACCAGUCUGGAAGGCGGCAGGUGGCUGGCGUAA